CAUUUCAAAUGCUGAGCCAAAACCAGCCGACCCCGAGAAACUUAAACUCGAAAAAACAAUCAUUAGGUUAGAGAAAGAAAUAAAAAAAGGUAAGGAGGAAAUGAUGAAAAGGAAAUUGAGCGAAGAGGAAAUUUCAGAACUAUAUAAAAAAAGUUACUCGCUGCGAGAAAACGCACCUACUCUCUUGUUUUGCGGCGAGGAGUUUAAUGAGCAAUUAAUGAGGGAGAAAAAAAGCGGUAAUAAUAGUCGAAAGGCAGUAAAGGAUUAUAAUAUUAUCGAUUUUGGGCAGGCGGAAAAUAAUAAACUUGACACUUUCAAAAAAAAAAUCCAAGAAAUCUGUAAAAAAACGGAAAAUUUAUCCGAAAGAAGACUUGAUGGAGACUCGCCAAUUGUUUGGCUGAAAAAUAUUGAUAAGAUUACUGAUUCAGAACUAAAAAAGGAACUUUUGAAAGUGGUUGACUCAAGUCAAAAUACUAACUUAGGAAAAUUAGAAAACCCGAUUGAUUUGUCUCAGUUUACUCUGGUGGCUACCACUUCCACAACUCGCCCCAAACUGUCGAAUGAAUUAAGAAAUAAAUUAAGGCAUAUUGAGCCAUUUUUAGAAAAACAUAA